AUGGCCAAGCCCUACGUGGAAGGCUCGCUCUUGCCGCGUUUGGCUGGUUCUCGUAUCAUCACUCUCAUUAUCGGCCUGAUCACUGCCCGCUGCAAACAACUCCCCACGUUCAUGUAUCCUAUUGACGAAUGGCACAAUGUGGAAAAGUCCGUCGUAUUACUCACCAUCCCAUCACGACUGCAAUCUCCCUGCCCUUACCCACACACGCCAACUCUCAUGUCCCUCGUCACCAAACCUACACGGCGCGCCCUGGGUCGAACUGAUAUGGCUGAUCCGCAUGAUGACUCGGCUAUUGACGUUUCCGAAGGUCCGAUUACAACAAAGUCUCCGGCUACCGUCGCUGACGAGCCCGAUGAGCUCAUAACUGUGACGCCCUUGUCGACUCCCGCCGUUUCGUCUGUCGUCAAGUCAAAGGGCAAACGGAAGCGAGCACUCCUUCCUGAUACUGACUACGACGCAACCGACGAGCUCGCCAUCAUGGACGACACCAAGGGGCCGAAGCGCAACCCCAAGCGCAAAGCCACCGAGGCCGUCGUGACGCGGUACCGUUCGUCGGAGGAUACCCUCAAGGAGGCCCUAGCACCCGUCACCACGGAGGAUAUCCACCAGUGGACCGGCUGGUGCGAGCUCGAGUCUGAGCCGGCUUUUUUCAACGCCAUUUUGCGCGACUGCGGCGUCAAAGAUGUCAAGAUUCAGGAACUUUUCAGUCUCGACGAGGAUUCUCUGCAGCUCCUGCCCCAGCCCGUCUACGGCCUCAUUUUCCUCUACCAGUAUUUCGCCCAAGACUGCGAGGUCGACGACGAACAGGGCCAAGACGACGGUAUCUGGUUUGCCAAUCAAGUAGCAUUUCCCCCUCCCUCCUACCUUUAUGUUGUGAGCCCUCCUGACAGACAGCAGACAACAGACAAUGCCUGCGCGACAGUCGCCAUGAUGAACAUAGUCAUGAACAGCGACGUCGUGCUGGGGCCCGAGCUGCAGGCCUUCCGCGACGCGACGAAGGACAUGUGCUUCGCCCUGCGCGGCCACGCCCUCAGCCAAAACGCCCACAUCCGCACGAUCCACAACUCGCUCACGCGCAAAAUGGACCACCUCAACGCCGACCUCUGUCUCAGCAACAGCGCCGCGCCUUUCAGAAAAACGCCAAGAAGCGCGCCAAGGCCGCCGCCGCCGCACCACGACGCCCAAGAAGAGAAAGAGCAGCCCGCGGCGACGGCGACGCCCAGGCGCAAGAAGAAGACCAAAGUCGACUCAGACUCGGGCUUCCACUUCAUCGCCAUCGUCCCCCGCCACGGCGCCGUCUGGGAGCUCGACGGCCUCAAGAACGGGCCCGUCCGUCUGGGUCCCAUGGACGACGACGCCGACUGGGUCGCGGCCGGCACGCCCGUUUCAUCCAGGACCGCAUGCGCCACGUCGGCCGAGGACUCGGUCACUUCAACAUGA